CGGAUCUGCCCUUCUCCUGCCCACUGCUAUCUCGCCCUUGUCUCACGCUGCACGCGGCGCCGCAGCUUCCGAGCUUCCUUUUGCUCGCCCCGUCUCCCAUUGCCGUGCUUCUGUUUCCUCCUAUGCCUCUUCAGUUUCGGCGCAGCGAUACUUGGCCUCACCUCCAGUAAUCCAAUCUCGUCCAACAGGGUUCAGAUCCACGACGAGCAAAAGAGGCUGUAGAUUGACAACACUGUCGUUGCAUUAACUGAGCCAGCUCUCAGCUAGCAUGGCCAUGGAGGUGGCUCUUGUUAGUGUGGCGACAGGGGUCCUCAAGCCUGUCAUAGCGAAGCUGUUUGUUCUGCUCGGCAACGAGUACAAGCGUUUCAAGUCAGUUCGCAAGGAGAUCAAGUCCCUCGCUCAUGAGCUGGCUGCCAUGGAUGCUUUUCUCCUCAAGAUGUCAGAGGCGGAGGAUCCCGAUGUGCGGGAUAAGGUGUGGAUGAAUGAGGUGCGGGAGCUCUCCUAUGACCUGGACGAUGCCAUCGACGACUUCAUGCAGAGCAUAGGUGACAAAGACGAAAAGCCAGAUGGCUUCAUUGAGAAGAUCAAGAGCUCACUAGGGAAGUUGGGGAAGAUGAAGGCUCGCCGUCGGAUCGGGAGAGAGAUUCAGGAUCUGAAGAAACAGAUCGUUGAGGCGGGCAAUACAAAUGCAAGGUACAACUGUCGCCAGACCGUCAAUAACACACAAAAUGAUACCGUUAACCCUAGAGCUGUUGCUAUCUUUGAGCAUGCCUCAAAGCUCGUUGGGAUUGAUGGACCCAAGGCUGAGAUAAUCAAGCUAUUGGCACAAGAGGAUGGACGCGCGUCAACACAACAACAACGGAAGAUUGUCUCCAUCGUUGGAUCUGGAGGUAUGGGCAAGACAACUCUUGCAAAGCAAGUCUAUGAAGAACUCAAAGGAAAAUUCGAGAGACAUGCUUUCAUAUCCGUGUCGCGGAAUCCAGACAUUAUAAAUAUCCUAAGGGCUAUUCUUAGCGAACUUAGCGGUCAAGGUAAUGCUGACACAAUAGCAUGGAGUAUAGAACAAAUGAUCUGCAAGAUCACCAAUUUCCUAGGAGACAAAAGGUACAUUAUUGUUGUUGACGAUCUAUGGGAUGUGAAAACAUGGAAUGAUUUGAAGUGUGCGUUCCCCGUGACUAGUUUUGGCAGUAUAAUAAUCACCACUACUCGUAUUAAUGAGGUUGCAGAUUCAUGUUUGUCAUCAUGUCAUGGUCAUAUUUAUAAUAUAAGGCAUCUUGAUAUGGUGCAUUCGAGGGAACUUUUUAACAUAAGGUUGUUCGAUUCUAGUGAAAAUUGCCCUUCACACCUUGAAAAAGUUUCUGGGGAAAUUUUGGAAAAAUGUGUUGGUUUACCUUUGGCAAUCAUUUCUAUAUCUGGUUUGUUGGCUACCAAAGAAAGAACAGAGAAUCAGUGGAAUCAAGUGAAAGAUUCAAUUGGUCGUGCACUUGAAAGGAAUCCUAGCGUUGAAGGAAUGAUGAAGAUAUUGUCACUUAGUUACUUUGAUCUACCUUCUCAUCUGAAAACUUGUCUCCUGUAUCUGAGUAUUUUUCCUGAAGAUUCUAUAAUUGAGAAGAAAGCUCUUAUAUGGAGAUGGAUUGCUGAGGGGUUCAUUCAGAAAGAUGGCAAAUAUACAUCAUACCAGUUAGGAGAGAGGUGUUUCAAUGAGCUCCUGAAUAGGUGUUUGAUCCAAGUUGCAUGGACAGAAGAAUAUGGUAAGGUGGAGAGUUGUCGAGUUCAUGACGUAAUACUUGAUUUCAUCAUAUCCAAGGCCAUUGAAGAGAAUUUUGUUACUUUUGUUGGUGUCCCUUGUAUAACCAGUGGGAUACAAAGAAAAGUUCGUCGUCUCUCUCUCCAAGUUGAUGUGAAAGAACAUUCUAUAUUAAAGAAAGGCCUGGUGUUGUCUCAUGUCCGCUCAGUAAAUGUUUUUGGGUAUACAGUGGAAAUCCCUUCUCUGGAUGAGUUCAGAUAUUUGCGAGUUCUGGACUUUGAGCUUUGCCGCCAAGUGGAAAACCAGCAUCUUGCAAAUAUAGGGAACUUGUUUCAGUUGAGGCACCUGAACCUGAGUUGGACGGAAGUAAGUGAGCUCCCGGAAGAAAUCGGCCGUCUACAUUGCUUAGAGAUGCUGGACAUAAGAGGCACCAAAGUACAUGAAUUACCAGCAACUAUUGUUAAUCUUAAGAAAUUGGUGGAUCUGCUUGUUGAUACUAGAGUUAAGUUUCCUAAUGGAAUUGCAAAGAUGCAAGCAAUGGAGAUGUUGGAACAGGUGGGUGUGUUCAGGCAGCAGUUUAACUUCCUGCAAGAACUUGGGCAGCUACAGAAUAUGAGGAAACUGGCCCUCGAUUUUGAAGGAGAUCAUGUCACUGUAGAUGGGAUGGGAGAGGGCGAGUGCAAUGAGGCUAUUGCCUCUUCUCUUCGUAAUCUAGAGGACUUAAUUUCUCUAACUGUUCAUGGUGGAAGCGUCUUACAGCAGGGACCGGUGUGUUCUCUUCCGCGUAGCAUCCAGGAACUCUUCAUGACCCAGUCCUCACAUCUACGGCGCGUUCCAAAAUGGGUGAGCUCCCUCGUAAACCUGCAGCAGCUGCACCUUCAAGUGGAAGAGUUCGAGCAGGAAGACCUGUGCAUCCUUGGAAGCUUACCUGGUCUGCUUAUUCUGGAACUAACAAUGGAAAAUAUAGAUAGUAGGCUUACAAUCACCCGUGAAGCUGGCUUCCGAUGCUUGAGGAAGUUCUCAUUUGGAGUAGUUAGAUGGAUGAUGUUUGAAGCGGGAUCCAUGCCUAGGCUAGAAACACUUGAACUCAGAAUUUGGUCAGGAGAAGAGUCCGACGUGGACCAUACCGAUUCUCACACUGCCAGUGUUGGUGAUUUUGAUUUCGGAAUAGGAAACCUUCCCUGCCUCGUUACUCUCAAAUAUGCAACACAUGGCUGCGAUGAUUGCAAUGCGGCUGCAAAGGCUUCUAUGGAGAGAGCAGCUGGCACAUAUCCCAAUUGCCCAUCUCCACUCUUUCAAAAACUGGAUAUGACCCACACCACCCGUGACUGUCAUUUGAGGAGGCGUGAACGUGAGGAGCGUGAGGAGUGUGAUGCCAGACGUCGUGAGGCCAGGCUUCGUGAACGUGAGGAGUGGGAAGCCCUACAAGGGACGCUGAGAAACCUUUCAACGCUAAGCUCGCCUACCAAGCGGUUUGGAGGACAAAGCCCAUGGACACGCUCGCCCCGGCCAUCUGGCAGAACUACGCCUCAAAUAAAUGUCGACUCUACCUCUGGCUUGCCCGCAAGGACCGCCUCUUCACGAAUGAACGACGGUUCAGACGGGGCAUUGCUACUUCAGCCGCAUGCCCCUUCUGCGACCACUAUGAAUCCAUCAACCACCUCCUUUUCGAAUGUCAGCACAUAGCUCCACUUUGGGGGGAGCUAGACAGCCUAUGUCCGGGUGCGCCACAGGGGCUGCUCCAAGCUUGGGAGGGCGAAUGGCACAACAAAACCAGAUCAACAGUUCUACUGGCUGUUCUUUGGAAUAUCUGGAAGCGACGGAACGCCAAGGUCUUUCGAGACAUGCAUCUUGGGCUUCAUGAUGUGGCAAGCUCCGCUGCGGAAGAUCUUAAACUUUGGUCCCACCGCUGUAAUAAUAUUCAAAAACAAAUUCAACUCAGGGACUGGGGCUCCAUGUUGUUCCACCUUGCCGGGAGAAUUUAGCCCCCGCUACAUGUAAUUUUAUUCCCUUCUUAACCCCAUGUACUCUCUGUUCUCCCUGAGAUCUGUAACACCCCGACGGUUGGC